CGCCCCUUGGCCUCCACCGAGGGUGGGCGGAUGAGUAAUGCAUCCAGGAAGCCUGGAGGCCUGCGGUUUCCGCACCACUGCCGCCCCCGCCCCUCGCGUGGACAUUUAUCCCCCGCUGCUCAGGCCCUGCCGCCAUCGCCGCAGACCCAGCGCCCCGAGAGAUACACCGCAGCACCCACCAUGGCACCCUUUGCGCCCCUGGCCUCCUGCAUCCUGUUGUUGCUGUGGCUGACAGCCCCCAGCAGGGCCUGUACCUGUGCCCCACCCCACCCGCAGACAGCCUUCUGCAGCUCCCAGAUGGUCAUCAGGGCCAAGUUCGUGGGGACCGCAGAAGUCAACCAGACUGACUUAAACCGGCGUUACGAGAUCAAGAUGACCAAGAUGUUCAAAGGGUUCAACGCCUUGGGGAAUGCCUCUGACAUCCGGUUCGUCGACACCCCCGCCCUGGAGAGCGUCUGCGGAUACGUGCACAGGUCCCAGAACCGCAGCGAGGAGUUUCUCGUCGCCGGAAACCUGCGGAACGGACACUUGCAGAUCAACGCCUGCAGUUUCGUGGCUCCCUGGAACAGUCUGAGUAGCGCCCAGCGCCGGGGCUUCACCAAGACCUAUGCUGCCGGCUGUGAGGAGUGCACAGUGUUUGCCUGCUCAUCCAUCCCCUGCAAACUGCGGAGUGACACUCAUUGCUUGUGGACGGACCAGUUCCUCACAGGCUCAGACAAGGGUUUCCAGAGCCGCCAUCUAGCCUGCCUGCCCAGAGAGCCGGGGCUGUGCGCCUGGCAGUCCCUGCGGCCCCGGAUGGCCUAAAUCCUACCCCCGGCGGAAGCUGAAGCCUGCACAGUGUUCACCCCACUUCCCGCUCCUGUCUUUCUUUAUCCCACGAGACAAUGAAAUAAAAGAACUACCAUCCAG